AUGGGGUUUUCUGAGAACCCUAAAUUUUUUUUGCUUGUCAAAAAAAUCCUUAAAAAGUGGAAAUUCAUAGGAAUUAGCCUGUCUGUGGCUGGCUUCGCAUACCUUUGUGCCUUCAACAAAAUUAAUAAAAAGGCAGAUUUAGAUGCGCUAAUUUUUUCUCAGUUCCCGGGAAAUUCCAAUUUAAACAAAAAAGAUGAGGAAUUUUUAAAUAACACGAGUAGGUACUUUUCGAAUUAUGAAUUUAAAGAAGAGAAUAUAAUAGACAUAAUAAAUAAAUACAUAAAAGACAUUUCACCGUUUGUGGAAACUGUAAAGAUUAGAAUUAAUGAAAAUGAUGAGAUCAAUAAUAACGUAUUAAUAAGUACUGUACCUUGUAAAUUUUGCAAUAAUAUGGAAAAUUUAAUAGUAGUAAUAAAUUUUGAUUACAAAGAAAGGAAAAAUUUUCACUCAAUUUCAGUUGGUUUAACAUUGAUUAACUACUUUGUAAAUUGUAAUUAUAUGAGUAAGGAUAUUGUAUUUUUAUUUACGAAUAAGGAAUUAUUAUAUUCAUUAGGAAUACAGAAAUUUAUUGAAUAUUUUCUGUAUAGUAAUAAUGUAAAUAAUAAUAGAAAAUACCUUUCCAGAUCAGCAAUUAUAAUAGAAUUUGAAUCCAUAUUUCCUUCACAUAUACAUAUAAAUUAUGAAGGUCUAAAUGGACUCUUACCAAAUUUGGACUUUAUAUUACUGUUGACGAAUGAGUUAAACUAUUACAACAUACCUAUAAAAGUGGAAUCUCCUCAUCAUGUCAUUUUUGAUACAGGAUUAGAGAGGAACUAUGAAAAGGGCCAUAUUUACUUUUUAAGGGAAAACAUCCCAGCCUUUACCGCCACAGGUGUGAGCAAAAUUCCGUUGAAAAAUAAAAUGCUAAAUUUAUUCAAUUUUACGAAAUCUAUGGAAAGUUUUAUAAGAAGCCAGAGUAAUAGUCCAGAAGGAUUUUGCCAUUCUUCAAAUUUUUAUUUUUUUGAUACAAUAAGAAGAAGGAUUCCAAUUAGUAUAUACUGUUAUGGUGUGUACUUAAUAUGUGGUUAUGCUAUUUUGAAAUUAUUAAAAAGUUCUAUUUUUCGAAAUUACAUAAAUUUUGUAAUAGGGUUAUAUGGGUACAUUAAGACGGUUUUAAUUAUAUCUUUGCCUUUUUAUUUAUUUUCAACAAAUGAUAAAAUAUAUGAAUUAUUAAAUUUAGAAAAGAAAUUACCAUUGUGUGAAGAAUGGCACCCAGAUCAUUUCAAGGAUUAUGCAAAAAUAGCCAACUAUUGGUUAGACAUUCUUAUCCUAUCAAUAAUAGUGGCCUUUAUUUUUAAUUAUGUAAUUUCCAGUAUUGUUAAAAAAUUCUGUAAAGUGAAGAAAUAUCAAAAGGUAAAGAAAUUUGAGAAAAUUGUAAUAUUAGACAAAAUAAAAAAUUUGCAUCAUAAAAUAAAAAGUAUCAUUGGAAUAACUCCAAUUUAUGAAACCAUUGAUACUGAAAAAAUUAUAACAAAUUCAGGAGACCUUUCAAAAUUAACAAAACCAAAAAUUGUACAUAGUGACGACGAGGAUUUUCUGCGGGAAAAGAAAAACAGAAUUUUGAUUAAUGCAUUGCAAGAAGAAUUAGAUGAUGCAGAAAAAAAGUUGGAAUUCCUGGGUAGUGCAAAUGUUGUAUACAUUUUCAACACCUCUGUAGCACCCUACUCAUCCAUAAUGAAUCAGAUGAACUUGUUUUAUUUCAUUUUCGUUGUCCUCCUGUCCUCACUAUACAACUGGUCCUACGCAGCUCUUUUCAGCGUGUUGUUCGUUAUACCUGUAUCAUUCUUACAUAACAUAAAAACAAAGCGCAAGAAAAUCAUCCAGAAAGUUUUUAUUCUGACAUUUAUUAUUUUGAUGUUAAUUUAUGUGUAUCCCUACGAAGGUUUUAUUCUGGUUACGAGAAAUAAAAUAACGAAUCAGAUAGUUAGCAAUCUUGCGAAGUGUCAGAAAUACUUGACGAAAUCAAAGUUAAAAGAUAGCAAGUACUUUCCUGAAAUUUUGGAUUUCCUUUGUUCUAACAAAAUAUUUCAACCUUUAUAUUUAAACAAAUAUUAUUUAAGUAAUAAAGAUAUUAAAUUUAAUUAUAGCCACGAUAUUAAGAAUGAUGUCUUAAUAAAUUUGUAUAGUAUAGCUAGAAAUCAUUAUUGUAUUGGUUCUCAAGUUUAUUCUCUUAUAUGUUUUACUUUUUUUCCAAUUUUUUUUUUUAUAGUAUAUAUAUUUUUUUGUUAG